UCUUGUUAUGUGUGGAAUAUUUGGAAAGUGAGUGUUUUAGUAUUUUAUAACUUUUGUACUAUGCAAGGUGUGUUUGUUAUGCCAUUUUUACUAAUGUUUUAUUUUUAAAUUAAGUAGAUGCCUAUUAAUAACCCACUCAACACUACCCUGUAAAAUCACAACAUUUACAUAUUUUACUAAACAUUGGAUAAAUAUUUAAAUCUUAUACACAAAAUUAAAUUAAUAUUGUUACGUAAAAUUAAGUAAGAAUUUAUUUAAUACAAAAUUAUUUAUGAUGGAUCAAUAAUGUAAAAACAUAUUACUCGAAAUCGUUAUAACGGAACGUCUUUCUCUUUCGCAAAUCAAUUUUUUUAUAACUGGCUUUACAGCUCUGGGUUCUAGCCCUUCUGAGCCUGUAGUUACAAUGAAUAAUUAUCCUUCAUAGUAUACUGCUUCCAGAAUAUGUUGAUGCGUCACAUUGUGCAGCCCUUAGAAGAUUUUGACAGCAACUUGAGCCAGCAGACAGCUGAUAGUUGGCGGUGGUAUCUUAAAGCGCCUAACCAAACAGACACCUUAUCUUGCGAAUCACAUCACCAUCAGAGCACUUGUUUCACCGUUGCCAUUAAUAGUUCAUAUGCGCAAACACUCAAUACACAAAAAUGUACCAUUUAUACAUAUCAACUUCAAAUCAUUAUUUAAACGAUAAUACAGGAGCAGUAAAUCGCCGCCGUUCAAGUUCUCGCCAAACGCCAAAACUCUCAUAAAUCUAUGAAUACGAACGUCAUUUUUGAUAUUGAAAAUUUCAAAUGUCAAUUCAAUAUUCAAAAAUAUCAAAACAAUAAUAUACGUAGGAAGUUUUUUUUAUUCGCGUAUAAAAUUUAAAUUAGCAAUGAAAUAAAAUAAUUAGGUACAUUAUAUUUCAACAAAAAAUGAGUUCGCCAAAAGAAAGUCGGUCUCAGGUGUCGACCGUCGUCAGCGUUGAGAAUACAAACGAAGUAGAUGACAGCACAAAACCCGAUUUUAUAUACGGCGGGCCUUUUAUAAAGGUAGAAAAACCAAGUCCGUUCAUAAAUACAACUACACCGAUAAAUCUUCAGCUGCAAGGCACUUUCAAAAAGAGUUUCGCGUACUAUUCACUCAGAGAGCGUAUGCCUGUCAUAUUAACGAAGGUCAUAGACUAUCUAUCUAGGGAAGGGAAUAAGAUAAAAACUAAACAUGGCGCGACCGACGACGAUAUACGGAGUUUAAUGCAAUACAUAAACAAGUUAAAAAACGACCUAGUCACGAAUAAGAAAUAUGACCUGCUCACCGUCGAUACGCCUGAAGCGAAGAAAUGGAACCAGUGGAUCGAGGAGACCGACACUCAAAACUAUUUUCUCAACACCUGGGUAUUUACAGAGUGUUACGUUUACAGGAGACUGAGGGAGGGCUGUGAGCUAACCAAAGGCCUUCAAAACUUCGAUCCUUUCGAUGAACAGAAGGAGAAAUCCUUUCAGAAUAGCUUAGAGCCGAUGUGCGUGGUCGCCGAAAAGCUAACCACAAUGCUGCAAACUGGUGAUAAGGACAAAAGGAAGGCGGACUUUACUACAUUGCUCAAGAUUUGUCUAUGGGCUAACAAAUGCGACCUCUCGUUGUCUAUGGGCGAACAAGUGUCUUUAAAAUCCAACGAGUUAAACAACGACGCUAAUCAAGCUACUGCCUUGUGUAUGGGUGUUAUUGAUCCGUUUCAAAUGAUUUUGGACUUUAAGGAUAAGGUGUUAGUUGACGACUCCGGUAAAAUAUACGACCAAGUCAUCGCGAAGGCCGAGGCCAUGGCGAAAACUAUAGCGGGGGAACCGGAAGUGCAGAGCGUUAGUAGUAAAAAGGGGUCCCCCACCGCGUCCCCACCAGCGGAAGAAGAAACCAAAGAAACGGAGGAAACACCAAAGAUUCCAUGUCCAUCGAAAAUGACCAUACCGGACGCUGUUAUGUUUGACAUUGUAUGUGACAACGCCGGCUACGAGUUAUUCUCGGACUUGUGUUUAGCGCAUUUCCUAAUAGCACAAGGGAUUGUUCAGAAAGUUCGAUUCCAUGUAAAGAAGAUACCUUGGUUUGUUUCUGACGUAACUCCGAAUGACUUCAAAUACGUCGUAGAAUCUUGCAGAACAGCAGAUUACAAAAAGGAAAUGGCGCCAGAAAUAAAACCAGAGGCUCCCGAGGGCGAAGCACCCGAUAACACCCCACGCGUAUUGAACGCGGACAAUUUGAGACAACUUGGGGAAGCCUGGGCGAAGUUCCUGGAAGAUGGCACAUUUAUCGUUAUGUGCGAUGAUUUCUGGACGUCUCCGCACGUGUACAAGGAUAUGAAGAAAUACGACUUCAAUUUGUAUAGAAAGCUUCAGUUCGCCGUCGCCAUUUUGUUUAAGGGCGAUCUCAAUUACCGCAAGUUGCUCGGCGAGAGGAACUGCAACCCGACGCUCGGGUUCGAAGCCGCUUUGCAAGGGUUUAUGCCGGCGCCGCUAAUAGCCCUUCGCACAGUGAAAGCCGAUUUAAUCUGCGGUCUACCGAAAGGCAAGUUCGAGCAACUGAACAAACUCGACGAGAAAUGGAUGGAGAAGGGCGAUUAUGGAGUGAUCCAGUAUUGUCCCAAGAGUGAACCAUUGAAACCUUCGGAUCGUCCUUGUGCGGAAUAUGGCGCCGAGUGUCGAGGGGUUGUUUGUGCGCAGCACUAGCAUUGUGACGUGGACUCAUUUUUUGUUGUUAUCGACGCUGUCUACUGAAAUCCGGAAGCUUUAUGGCAACAUUUUGAAUCUAAAUUAUAUUUACUUUCACUUUAUUGUAAAUUAAAUGUUGUAUAUA